AUGGAUCCUUACCCGGAAUUGGAAACCUCCGAUAAUAGCAGCCCCGGUAUCACUUUUGCCGCGGCUUCUUCUUCGUCUAGUUCACCGUCGGCAACUACCACCACCACUCCCAGCCGUUACGAGAACCAGAAACGCCGUGACUGGAACACGUUUUGUCAGUAUCUGAAAAACCACCGGCCACCACUCGCGUUAUCCCGAUGCAGUGGCGCCAACGUCCUCGAGUUUCUUCGGUACCUUGACCAGUUCGGAAAGACUAAAGUCCACACCCCGGUGUGCCCGUUUUAUGGGCAUCCGAACCCACCUUGCCCUUGCCCUUGCCCACUUCGUCAAGCUUGGGGAAGCUUGGAUGCCUUGAUCGGACGUCUCCGGGCAGCUUACGAAGAGAGCGGCGGCCAACCGGAGAUGAACCCUUUUGGUGCUCGUGCUGUGAGACUUUACCUGCGAGAAGUUCGAGAUCUGCAAUCAAAAGCAAGAGGAAUUAGCUACGAGAAGAAGAAACGAAAACGACCUCCACCACAAGAACAUCAUCAACAGUUUCCCUCCAGUAUCUCAUCUUUCCAACCUUUCCCUCUUCCACCAGGUGAUCAUACUUAA